ACUUAUGAUGGAGUUCAGAGUGACGAAUUGUUUAACACAGAUGUCAGUUCUUCACCUGAUAAAUUAAUGGAAGUGAUCAAAUAUUUGAGGAGGAGGAAAGAUCUCUUAACCGCACAGUAUGAAUUAUUAUCUUCCGAGAACAAUCGAAAUGUCACAAACCUCUCUAUUGCUAAUAAAGAAAUUGAAUUAGCAUAUAAAAGAAUAGGUGAAUUGACAUCAGAAGUUGAGUCAAAUUCUCUAUAUAUUUCUGAAUUUCUAAAACAAAAGAACGAGACCGAAGAGUUCAAAAAUCUUCGUAGUCGUAACGAUAUCUUAAUUGGUGAAAAGAAAAUAACUGAGGAUAUAAUUUCUAAUAACAAAAAAGAAAUUGAAAAGUUACAAGCAAAUUUACAUGAAAAAGAAUUACUCUAUCAUCAGACUUUGGCAUUAGUGGAAGCACUCAAAAAUACAAACCAGAAUAUUGUAUCCGAAAAUGCGCAUUGGAGGAAUCGUGUGUCAAAUUUGAUUGGCGAAAAAGAAGAUUUAGAAUAUAUUAAAUUAAGAGAUAAAAUGUCUCAGUGCGAACUUUUAGAAUGUGAGCUUGAGACUGUUAAAUCAGCAUUUUCUACUUUAAGUUCUGAACGUGACGACUUUAUUGAUAAAAUCGAAAAUCUUGAGGUUCAACUUUCUGAUUUAGAGAAAUUACGAUCUUCUGAAAUAUUUUAUCAACUUCUUCCUAAAAUCAUUUUAAUCACUGAAAAUAAAGUGGACAAUGCAUUAUUGAAAGAGAAUGGAUGGGUAGCAUAUUUAACAUUUUAUGUGGAUCUAUCGAGACUUGCAUAUUUGGUUUCAAUUUAUGAAAAACUGAAUAAAUUUACAUUAUCACUACAAGGAAAAUAUCAGACAAUUUUUAUUUUGAAUGAAAAAGUAAUGGCCUUAAAACGGAAAAUCGAAUUUUGGCGAUCAUCUGUAGAUAAUAAUAUUGCAUGCUUUGCAGUUUUACAAGAGUAUCUCGAAGAAUCAAAAUCAUCAUUGGACAAUACAGUUCUUCAGGACAUCAAAGAUCAUUUGAUGAUUUUGGACGAUAACAUUGCGAAAUAUUUUCCGGGAGUUAUUUCCAACACGAAUUUUCUGGGAUGGCCAGUAAAUGCUGCAAUUCCUUUGUUUGCUGAUGUAAAGUUUCUUGAAGUGGCUGGCAAUUAA